UCAAGAUGAAAAACAUACAAUUCUACCUGGAACCUGAAAACCAUGGAAACAACCAAACAUUCCAUCAUUUCAUUGCAUCCUUUCUUGAAAAGCGACUGGCAAGAACUUUUUUGGCUCAAUUUUCGACAAUAUAUUCAUCAAAUACGACCUACCUACGACCCUCGUGUGAUUAAAAGAAACCCGAGUGUUAUGUCUGAGGAGAUGAACAAGCUGACGUCGUCCGUGGAGAGACCAAAGGAUGGCGAAGAUUUCAGACUCAUUAUUGAGCAGGCUCUUUCGAAGAUCCAGGCGUGCCUGGGGAAUGAUGGGACUGUGACUGAAGUGAAAACCCCCGUGACCGUCAGCAGCAAUAACCUCCAGGCUGAUAUUGAUGUAGCCAUAUUGAACAUCAGAAGACAAGUAGAGUCACUCUUGACUUCUGGAAAGAUGGAAGAGGAGGACAAGACCUCUAAGGUGGAGGAGACCUCCGUGAAGAUGGAGGAAGAGGACAGGGCAUCUGCCAAGAUAGAGGAGGAGAACAGUGCUUCUGUCAAGAUAGAGGAGAACAGGGCUUCUGUUAAGAUAGAGGAGAACAGGGCUUCUGUUAAGAUAGAGGAGGAAACCUCCGUGAAGAUGGAGGAGAAGGAGGACAGGGCUUCUGUCAAAAUGGAGACCUCCGUGAAGAUGGAGGAGGAGGACAGGGCAUCUGUCAAGAUAGAGCAGGAGAACAGUGCUUCUGUUAAGAUAGAGGAGGAAACCUCUGUGAAGAUGGAUGAGGAUUACAGGGCUUCUGUCAAAAUGGAGACCUCCGUGAAGAUGGAGGAGGACAGGGCCUCUACCAAGGUGGAGGAGAUCUCCAUGAAGAUGGAGUUACAGGAGGCCUCUGUGAUGAUCGAUCAGGUGGCCAACGCCUUUGAGGUGGAGAUCUGUGGGAAAAUGGGGGAGGAGGAGGAGGUGAAGGAGCUUCUGGGGUAUUUCACUGCUCUUGAGGGGGACCGGAGGAACCUCCAAAAUCUCCUGCGUGAGCGUAGGGAAGAGUAUAAGAUGCAGCUGAAGGCUCUGGAGAGGGAGAGGAUCCAGGAGCAAGUGGAGAGGGACAGACAGAUGAAGGAGAGUGAGGAGACCCUACUGUCUGCUCUGAAGUCUGUAGCUAUUGGCAAAGAAAAACUCAUGGCAGACCUGAGGAACCAGUCUGGCAAACAGAGUUUGACAUUCCUACUCAGACCUGUCUCUGCAGUCAGGGGAAACCAACCCAAGAAAUGGUGGAGUUUUAAGAAACAGAAGGCCUCCACUGACGCUGCUCUCCAGAGUGCCACACAGCUGGGAGGAGGUGAUGGGAACCCACCUGUGGUGAGCCAGGAAAGGCCAUCCAGGAAAUGGUGGAGUUUCAAAAAACACCAGGCUACUGCUGAUGUUGCUCUCCAGGAGGUUCCCACCAGCAGUGCCUCUGAAGAUGCCAAAGAGGCAGAUCUGCAGAAGGUCAAAAAGCUGGAGGAGCGGGUCAGAAAGGCUGAAUUCAAGAAACAACAGAAAGCCGCUGAGAAGGCUGCAGAGGCCGAAAAGAAGGAAAAGAAGGCAGAGGAGAAGAGACAAAAGAAAGAGGGAAAGAAAGCGGAGAAAAAGGAUAAGAGAGUGAAGGACAACAAUCUGACAGAUCAUCCCAGACCGAGUGGUGUGAGCAACGCUGGACUGGACCAGUGAGGAACCACCGGCCCUCUUUGCUGGCCUGUGCUACUUCAGGAGAAGAGUGACCACUACAGAUACCCCCUGCUCUGUCCAUCAUGUGAAAGAGGAUCACAUUACAUUUUAUUUUUCUAUUACAUUAAAUUAACAUUUAGUACAUUAUUA